CUCCGAACGACACAAUCUCAACUCUGGCGCGUGCUGGUAUUCUGUAGUAACUCAAGACGUUCGUGAAAACUGUCUUCUGUUGACUAACAAUUGACAAUUAUAAGCAAUAAUUUAUUUAAAAUUGAAAAAAUUUACAAAUGACUUAAAAAAUUCGCUAAAACCAACAAUUUAAGAAAUGAAUAAAAAGUAUUUCAUUUCCGUUUUGGUCGUUUCGAUCGGGGUGAGCUGUUCCGCUUGGUCUCAAGAGGAUAAGCGAUAUUCUGAUACACGAACGGCGUCAACAAUUGUUGAAGAUAAAGUGGCUAUUCGAGAUUCAGAUGAAGUUAAAGUCACGUCUAAACCUCUUCAAGUUAAAAGCGAUGAUGUUUCCGACAGUGAUAUUAGAAAUCAAAAGACAUUGAGACCCUCCUCUGGAUAUCCGGUCGAAAUUAAAGGACCUGGAUGUUGUGGCCCUAACAAUGGCCCUGUACGGUCUGAAGGUGUUAGGAAAAGUAGCUCAGACAAUGAACGAGAUAAACAUCCCCGAUAUGGGCCAUAUCUAGAUGAAGGAAGAUUUAGUUGGCAAAGUUCAAAUCAUCCUUCCGGAUAUGGAGAUAAUGGCGAUAGACCAUCAGGAAGCUACAGAGGACCUUACGCUGGAAGUGAAUCAAAUUCAGAGAGGUUUCAGAGACCACCGUACGGUAGUGAAAGUAAUAAAGCAAAUUUAAAUUUUGAAGGACUGUCUAAUAAAUUUAGUGGCAAAUUUGGUGCACUAGGCAAUAAAUUUGGAUUUGGUAAUAAAUUCGCCAGUUUGGGAGAUAAAUUUGGAGGUGGUAAUAAAUUUGGUUAUUAUGGCGAUGGUGAAUAUGGAAGGCCUGGUUAUUCCGAUGGUCCUGAACUAGGAAAUCAAGAGUCGGGAUAUGGAGAGAAUACUCCUCAACCGCCAGCAAAUUUUGCCACUCAACAGGCGGUUGCUUUAAAAGCACUUGCUGGGGUUGCUUUGAUUGGUGCUGCAGCAGCUUUAGCAACAAAUCCCGUCCUUCUGCCUUUAAGCGCAAUUACAGGUCGAAGGAAACGCGAUCUUGACGAUCGUUUGAAUAAAGAUCUUUCAAAUUUUCCCUUGAAAAUAUUGCAGAAUUACGCGACAAAGAUUCCUGGAAAUAUUAAUGGACCUGAUUUUUCAAUUACUCCACAAUGUGUUGCUCGAUUGGCUUGUGAGAUACAAAAAGAUUAUAUCACAGACUUAAAAAAACACGAAGAUACCUUAAAAGAAAGCAAAAGUUCAUUUCAUGAUUUGGAGCGUUGGUUCAUGAGCCUUAUCCAGAAAAAUAUUCUUGAUGCUGACUACGUCGAUGGAAAUUUGAAAAAGUUAAUCAAAGUGGCCACCCUAGUUGGCUCAGAAGGACGGGAUUGUGCAGUAUUUAUAUGCAGCAAUUUAAAAACUUAGAAAUUACAUAUUCAAAAUCCAUUUUAGAGAUUUCUUUUUCUAUUUUUUUAUCCUACAUAUGUAAGAAGUUAAUUUUGUUUUUACUUUUUAUGUAAUUUUUCGUAUCAUUGAUAUUAUGUACAUUACUUGUCAUUUUAAAACUAUAUUAUACAUAUUAUAAAUUUAAUAAAACAAUUUUUCAUUUUUAAAUGGGAAAAUAAAAUUUCUUACUAUUUA